UCGACGGGAGACCGUUUGAAAGAGAUACGUUGCGUUGCAAAUAAAUUUUCGCGAUGAGCCGAUGUGAAGUGUGCAAGUUGUGAAAACGAUUGGUGUCGAUUGUGUGAUACGACGAAAGUGUCGCAGAUUGCAGGGCCGGUUCAACCGGCAACAUCAUGUUUCGCUCGAAGAAAGACGUUGAUCGCCACGUGCAGAACGUGUUUUGCAAGCUGCGAAACGAGAACGAGAAAAAUCUUCGUUGUUACAAUGUUGCCAAACUGUAUUAUCAAGUAGGUGAUUAUGAGUCCACAAAAAGAUAUGUAUUUAAUUACUUAGAGAUACGAGAUAGUUCUGCCAGUGCACAUAAGUUGUUGGGUCAGGCUUAUGAAGCACUUGGUCAAAAGGAAGCAGCUUUUAACGAGUACAAAGUUUCCCUCGAACUUGAAGGGAGGCAAGAUGAUUUGGUCUUGAAAAUAUGCGAAUUAUUGGUUGACAUGGACAUAGGAAUGGAUGUUACUAAACUGAAGUAUUGGGUAGAGAGAGCUGACAAACUAUUUCCACAUAAUCCAGUAAUUUUUCAAUUAAAAGAAAAACUUUUGACUAUAGAGAAACCAAACAACAGCAGUGAGGAUCUUGAGGCACUUAUCGCAUCUGAAUUGGCUGCAAGACCGACUGAUGUGCAACUUCGUAUCAAAUUGUUAAAUUAUUACAUGUCGGAGCAUAGAUUGGAUAAAGCUUAUGAGCAUGCCAUUAGUGUAGAGGCCACUGUCCCUCAUAAGGACAGCGUUGUGUGGUAUCAACUGUUGUACGAAUUAUUAACAAAAUAUAAAGAGACUAAAUCUCUUGACUGGUCUUUUUGGUUGUUCUAUAUAUCUGUAUCUGAUAAAUAUGCGGGACUAUGUCUUAAGGAGCAAGGAGGUGAAACGAAGAAAAGCAUUCAAGAGGCAGCUCAAGCAGUAUUUAAUUUUGACCAAAAUAUGAACGAGAUGAAGUCAAAAAACUUUUCUAAACAACACACCUUUACGGAGCACUUGUUUACGCAUAUGUGGGGCCAGUUACACUUCCACUUGGCGUGUUUGCUAUUACGCAAAACGAAACGCGAACAAGGCAGUUGGAACGAAGCAGGAAGACUGUGCUCACCGCUGUUAUUAACUGCAUUACAUGUGGCCCCAUUGGAAAAUCGUAUGCGCAUACAAUUAGAGGAUGAAUUUAAGAAUCAAUUCAAUAUGUGGGCAAUAGAGGCAGCAUAUCGAUGUUGCCAAGCUGGUUACGUUCUUCAAAAUUAUGCUAGGGAUGAUACGAAAAAGCUGAUGGAUAGAAUUGAUAAAUUUUGCACAGGACUCUGGAGAGAACGGAUUUAUCAGAGAAUUUUUGUAACCCGAAUACACCUUGAUCAUAUAAGGAAUUCAUUUUUUUGCCAUCAUUCAGCUCCUGAUCCACCUUUACGCAUGUGUACUGCAAAUCAGUUAAGGACUUAUAGUCAAAUCGCACAAGAGGUGUGGCCUGAUUCAUUGCAUCAUCAAAUCUGGCUUGGAAUGGAGAAUCGGCCUCAGAACAAAGAUGCUCCGUAUCCAGAUCAAACCUCGCGCGUAUUCCCAGCAUUACAGUUUUCGGUAUUUAACACGAAUCAAGCGGCACCCGACAGCUUGUGUCUCAUCGAUAUCGAUGCGUUCCUCAACGCAUCGAUACUCUGCUCAUCCGCUGUUCUAGAGGAGCAGCAACUUGGUAGCUUUGUGAAUCCAGAAAAAUUACCGACAUUGCCUAUCGAUCUUACCACGACGCUAUCCACAAGUAAUCAAGAGAAAUGGUGGUCGGCGGCAUACAAGAUGUACUCCAAGCGAGAGGAUGUAGACGGUGAUAUCGGUGAAUUACGACAAGAAUUGCAACAGGGAUUGGGAAUAAUUCGCUGCAUUGGCAACCACGGCAUGCAUCCAGUGUUAUUGGUACAUUUGGCACGCAUGUUUCAUUAUCGUGCGAAAAUGAUGAAGGAGAAAGAUGAGGCGAAUGGCUACAUCCCUAGAUGGGAGGCACGCUCCGAACUGUACUGGACCGCCGCUCUACCGCUGUUAGAGAGGCUACAGAAUAAUCAAACAUUACGUAUAUCUCCGUCGAAGUUGUUCAAUUAUCAGGGUAAAGAAAUGAACAAUUUUGAACUGACGAAUGCGCUUGAGGAAGGCAAGUUGCUAUUGGCCCAGCGACUCGUACGCGAUAAACAGUACGAGCAGGCAAUCGACGCGUUGCAGGCGCUUAAAUGCCCGGAGGCGUCAUUUCAGCUGGCGCAGAUUUACAAAAUCUUUGCGGACGAGAUAGUGGAUUCCACGCCCCGUGAAAGUUUAACGUCAGAAAUGCGAUCGCAACACAUCAUAAUGCUGUCAAAAGCGAGAAACUGCUUUUAUCUUACGCUCGACCGACUCCGUAGUCCGGGCACGAAUCCUAAACACCCACUGAACUCCGAGCUCGGCACUCACAUCACUGAUAUUGAGAAUGAGUUGAAGAGAAUAGAUCCGGAUCUAGGAAGGGGCGAUUUGAGUAGAAACGAUAUCGAUGGUAUAUCCGAUGAGAGUUAUUCGCCCACUCACAGCGCUGUGGAUCAGGCGGUCACGAAUCCGACGUUACCGAUGUUGACGACACUGACUGGUUCGAACAUGCUAAGCACUCCUCAGAGGAACAUUCAUCGGACGCCAAAACACGCUAGCACACCGUGCAGAUUGCAGGAUUACUUGAAUUUAUCAAAGAAUCGCACGGAGGCACGUCCAAGCCCAGAGCGCCUUGAUGCUCAAAUACGUCAAAUUAUGCAGUCUCGGGACAACGAAAUACAGGAUAUGAUGGAGCAGAUGAAAAACAUGAUGACACAAAUGAAAACGUUGACCGAGAAAAUGGACAAUCUGACGAAGGAAGUAGUGGAAUCGCGCAAAGAAAAUCAAAAGCAUCAGCAGCAGCAGCAACAACAACAGCAGCAGCAGCAGCAGCAACAACAACAGCAGCAGCAGCAGCAGCAACAACAACAGCAGCAGCGUGUACAGCAGCAACAGAGUGUAAAUCCCGCUGUUGAUCCUGAAGACUUCUACGUCCUUGACGAUGAUGAGUACGUCGAUUUAAACUAUCAGAAUCAACCGACUGGGCCGGCGUCUUCGAUUUCCGGUAACAUAUUUACACCGCAGCAUGCUCGGCACCCUUAUUCAUCGCUGAUGUAUCCUUCAGCAGCAACCGCAUUUCAGUAUUAUCAGGGAGGAUUACCAUUCCCCGAUCCAAACACUCAGGCAGCCAUAUCAUCUCUUUAUCCACACACCGUUUAUCCUAUGCCCAUGCUAUAUCCUAAUCAGACAAAAGUGCCGGAUAAUCCGCUGCAACAAGGCCUCUUCGCAUCGACGCUUUCCUCGCAGCUGCCCGAUCUCAUGUCGGCAACCGCGACGAAUCCAUCGUUACAAAUGUCGUUGAAGCAGAAAAUCGAAACUCCAUCACGAACUAAGUCCGAAGCUACAACAAUGACGGCGACAACUACGACGACAACGACAAUUAUCAAAGAUGCGCCGGUGAACAAAGCACUUCCUGUGAAUGUGGUCAUCACGACAUCCGACACGCUACCAACCACGGUGCCAUCUACUCAACCGACCCUGAGUGUCACUAUACCACCGCAAUAUAGAUUAGGAGGUGGAGUAGCUGUCACUUUCUCUACUACGCCUAUAACGACAAUGACAAUGACGACAACAAAAUCGCCAUCUUCCAAUGUACCGCAUUGCUAUCAGAUUCCCAUGCCUCUGCAAGCCACUAUACCGACCACUGUCAACUUACCACCAACCUCUUCUUAUGUAACUCCAGCCAACAUCAAUGCGCCGCCGAUCUAUGUCAAUCUAACAACAUCAUCGUCUAUUGUCACUGUGACUCAUACAACUAGCAGUAGUACUUUACAAAACGUUCAUAAUAAUGCUACUAAUAGUAGUAAGAUACAUGACAAAACCGACAAUACCUAUGAGUCAAUUGAAUCGCCGAAUACAUCCACAGAGGUGUGCGAGCAGGAGCAUGAUCCGAUACCGAACUUUAUACCCGUCAUACCAUUGCCUGCAAAGGUGAAAGUCACCACUGGUGAAGAAAACGAGGAUACUCUGUAUUGCGGUCGGGCAAAACUGUUUCGCUUUGUUGAUAAAGAAUGGAAGGAACGCGGCGUCGGUGACGUGAAACUUCUGCGCAAUACAGAAGGUAAAGUGCGCCUGCUUAUGCGUCGCGAUCAGAUCCUGAAGAUCUGCGCGAAUCACAUGCUGAGGCCCGACAUGGAGUUGAGUCCAAUGACGAACAACAACAAGGCUUGGUUUUGGGUCGCUAACGAUUUCGCUGAUGAGGAAGUGAAGCUGGAGAAAUUUUGCAUUAGAUUCAAAACCGCAGAGGAAGCAAUGACGUUCAAGGAGGCUUUCGAUCAGGCCAGAUUUAGUUUAUCUGCAACAUCUCCGGAAAAGGCGUACAAAAUCAGUGAGAAAGUUUUCACUGCUUCUUCUAGCGACAAAGACUCGUUCAAGACUCAAAAAUCACAAUUAACACAACAAGAUAAGAUAAGCUCAACAACGGAAGUGGUUUUUUCUGACAAAUCGAAAUCCGGUAUGACAACGUUAGGAGGAUUUUCCUUCAGUUCUAAACCUAUUAUUCAAGAAGUCAGCGACACGAAAGCAGAUGACUCUAAGAAAAUCGACGAACCACCGAAAGUCAGUCCAUUCAGCGGAUUUUCGUUUACCACCAAAUCAAUCAAUAAAUCCGAAACGAAAAUCACGACCGCAACUGCAACAAGCGCCGUCUCGAUGCCAUCUGUGAGCUUUAUCUUCGCUACGACUUCAACAACAAAUUCGCAGUCGUCUGUUGUGAGCACAGCUUCCAAUGAAUCACCGAUGUUUGCCUCAUCCACAACAACCGGUCAGAAUUCUACAACCUUAAGGAGACCUCGUUUGCCACCACCCGGCGCCAUUAAGCAAGGAUCGUCUAACAACGAAAUACGACCACAGACUGAAAAUGAGCACAAGUUAUUUGUCGGAACAGCGAGCCUUCAAUGUCAAUCUGUCAACGGUACCAACGCCAUGCAGUGGAAAAAUAAGGGUACAGGAUCAAUGAUGCUAUUAUUGAACGUAAAAUCCGGCAAGCUUCGCUUGUUACUGACGGAUGACGGAAGCUCCAAGAUCUAUAGUCACGGAAUUCCGUCGGAUAUGGCGUUUACAUACAAGAAUGGCACUACAGUUGUUAAUUGGACUGUUCCUGGAAACGUUAAAGAACCUGGUAAGACCUGGACGUUACACGCCGCGACCUUCAACACGUCGGAACUGGCGUCACAGUUUUACAAUGCCGUGUCGAGCUGUCAGCAGAAGCUAGCUAAAGGCAGUAGUCCGAACGAAGUCGCGAAGGCACUCGAAAAGAAAGUUCAGAUGUCGGGCGAGAGCAACAAUCAAAACGUCACGGAAGCGAAGCCACCGUUGUCGGAAUUAUUUAAACCACCAACUGGUUCUUGGGAAUGUACUAGUUGUUACACUAGAAAUAAUUCCACGGAUAUGAAAUGCUUAGCUUGCGAAGCUCCGUCAUCUUCUGCGACGAGUAAUAAGAACGUUUCCGCAGUUACUAGUAAACCCAUUGAUUCCAAAAUACCGUUGUCGGAGCUAUUUAAGUCACCCGCCGGCUCCUGGACUUGCACAGGAUGUUACAUUGUCAAUUCCGGAACAAACGCCUACUGCGUCGCCUGCGAUAGUUCCAAGGACCCAUCGCAACCGCCUAAGCCGCAGCAGGCUAAUAUCUUCCAGAUGAACGCAUCAUCUUCCGGCGUAAUGCCUAUGACCACAUUCUCUUUCGGCAUUCCCAAAGACACCGCCAAGGAAACGACCAUCACUGGUUUUAGUUUCAGGAUGUCACAGGACAAGAGCGCAAGUGAGAUCGUGAAGACUCCAUCUAAAUCCGAGGAAACUACGGGCACCAAUUUCAUGUUCGGUAUGCCGGUGAAAAGCAGCACCACAUUAAACACAGGCGAUUCACCGUUUACGUUCGGCUCACCCGCUAAGUCCUUCGGCUUUAAUUUUAUGGCCAAGUCACCGGCUAAAUCGCCUGGCGGCGGCGGUGGCGAGAUCAGCGAAGACGAGGUGGUUGAAAGUGAAGAUGUCCACUUCUCGCCAGUUAUACCGUUGCCGGACAAAGUCGAGGUGAAAACUGGCGAGGAGGAUGAAGAGAUGCUCUAUAGUCAUCGAGCGAAACUCUUCAGGUUCGACACCACGGUGAAGGAAUGGAAGGAACGUGGAUUGGGUGAUAUUAAGCUGCUGUGUCACAAAGAGACCGGGAAACUGCGGCUGAUCAUGCGUCGGGAUCACGUAUUAAAGUUAUGUCUAAACCAUAUACUUUCCAAUGAGUUAGAGUUCACAUCGAAGGACGAGAAAACAUGGCUGUGGACCACUGCGGAUUACAGCGAAGGCGAGAUUGAAUACAUGCAAUUCGCUUGCCGCUUUAAGACAUCCGAGAUCGCAGCAGAUUUCAAAAAAGCGAUUGAUGACGCCAGGAAAAAUAUUAAACUGGCCGCCACUAUCAGCAGUAGUGAGAAGAUAAGUAAAUCCAUGACGAAAACGAUCAGCUCACCAGUCAAAGAGAUCGAGAUUGUUUACGAGGCGAAUGUCACUCCGGAAGAGAAAGCAGCCGCCUUAAAGUUGCAGCUACCAGCAAACUUUUAUUCUUACAAGCAAAAAGAAAACUGCCCCGGCUGCAGAGGUUGUAGGAAACCGAGCAUAGCGCUAUAUCCAGAUACCGCUGGGCAAGACACGACGAAGUUUAUGCCGGAAGAAAAAAAGAUGACAACGCAAUCGAAAGACAUCUCAAGCUUGGGUAUAAGUUCGUUGAGCGAUCCUGAGAGUAUCAGUGAGAUUACUCGGAACAUAACGCAAUCUGCGUCUGUGAAGAAUGGAUUCUCUUUCGCGACAUCCACCGCGACGUCUAAGUCUUCGGCUACUCCCAAUAUCGACAGCUCCACGAUGAGCUUUGGUACUGGCGAUUUGAAGUUGUUUAACGACAAGAAAACCACGACUUUCUCAUUCGGCAUGAAUCCUCAGUUCGGUACUAACGAAACGAUGGAAAAGACAACAGCGACGACGACAUCGAGUGUCUCGCUUGAAAAUCUCAAGAUCUGUAGUUCUUCAAAUGCUCAAACGACGCAGACAACUGCUUUCGAUGCGACUAACACAGCCGGAAAAAGUCCGAUAUUUGGUCAAGCUGCAUCGACGGCAUCCAUAUUCAAGCCGUCUACUUUUUCUUUCAAUUCCGACACGAACAUUUUCGGCGGCGCCUCAAAAACCUCGCCGAAAACGGCAAUCUUUAAUAAGGACAGCGGUAACAGUUCCGUUUCUUCUUCCAUUGCUACCGUAGCUAUUACGGCAAAUUUUGUUCCGAAAACAUCGACCGUAAUCACUACGUCGACAAUCGCAUCCAAUCAGUCCUCUAACUCGGUAUUCGGCGUCAACUCCACGCCUUUCUCUAAAAUGACGCUUGGUAGCAAUAGUGCUUUGCCGUUCAGUGAUUCUACAACGACGACAAACAUCUUCGGCGGAAUGACCGCAACGACGAAUUUGUUCAGCGGAACAACGGCGUCAGCAACGACAAAUAUCUUCGGUGGGACGACGGUGGCGACGACUGAUCCUUUCGGCAGGACGACGGCACCAGUAACGACAAAUAUCUUUGGUGGAACGACGGCGGCAACUGCAAACGUUUUUGGUACGGCAACAAAUGCGACGAAUGUUUUUGGUGCGACGGCGACAGUUUUCGGAUUAAAACCAUUGGAUGACGUUCAGAAAAAUGAGGAUAGUCCCAGUUUCUUAUCGGCAAAUAACAUGUCAUUUUCGGCGCUUGCUGCGACGGCGGUGCAACCGGAGGCCUUUAAAGUCGAUCCUAACUUUACGUUCGCUGGCGCGGGAUCAUCGGUGUUUGGUUCGAAAUCCAUUACAUCACUGAAUAGUUCGACGACGAUUCGAAACACAUCGCGCGAAGAACAAAAAGAAGAAAACGAUGAAGACGAUGGCGAAGUAGAUAAUGAACAGGAGCACGAUCCUCACUUUGAACCUAUUGUACCUUUACCAGAUACCAUUGAAGUCCGAACUGGCGAAGAAGAUGAGGAAAAAGUGUUCUGCCAAAGAGCCAAGUUGUACAGAUAUGACAAUGCCACGAAGGAGUGGAAAGAGCGUGGCAUCGGUGAAAUGAAGAUCCUGCAUCAUGUAGGUCAUGGCAGCUAUCGGUUGCUGUUACGUCGGGAGCAAGUGCACAAGGUCGUCUGCAACUUCCUGAUCACUCCCGACGUAGAGUUCCAUCCGCUUUCUACAUCAAACCAGGCUUGGAUGUGGGCCGGCAUGAAUUAUGCCGAGCAGGAACCCUGCGCCGAACAGUUAGCGAUUAAAUUUAAAUCGUCCGAUUUGGCCCGGCAAUUCAAGGCACAUGUCGAUAACAUUCAGCAAGAAUUGCGCGAGAAGAGAAUUGCUGAAGGUAGUGAAAGAUGCAUCGGACAAGCGGAGAACAGUGAAGAACAUGACCGAGGUCAUGGUGUGGAUGAGGAAGAAGAGGAUGACGAAGAUGAGGAGGAAGAUGAAGAGGACGAUCAGGAGAUGCUUCCUAUAAUCGAGAAACGUGCCACUGUAUUCGCGAGAUGGCCGGAUGACAAUAAGUGGGAGAGUGUGGGCUUAGGAAAUCUAGCAAUUCAUUACGAUUCCGAGAUCUACGCGGAGAGAAUCGUCUUGAAGCUCGACGACUCGGAAGACUACGCGAGCAACACCAUUAUCAGCAUAGAUACAGUGAUGCGGGUGGAAGGCAAAGAAUGUAUUUGGAGCGGAAUCGAUUACGCCUUGGAUCCUCCAGAGCGUAGAGUUCUGAGGGCAGUCUUCUCGUCGGUACAAGCGGCGCAACAGAUGCAUACUUUCUUUGAAGAUGGAGUGGACAGCGCAAAACAAGCCGGUGUCGUCGAAUAUCAUGAAGAAGAGUGAAGAUUUUUAGCUAAUAUAAAUAGCUGCUAAUUGACUGUUGUUACAUAAUUCAUUACCUUCCUAUAAGUUAGCGUAAAUGUGAAUUAAACGGGUUGUUUCAUGUCGUUCUUCUCUUGUAAGUAAGGGAAAUUGUAUAAAAAAAGUGAAACGAAAAAAGGAAGCUGUAUGAUUUUUACGUACAGCUUCCUUUUUCUUUUCUCUCUUUUUUUUUAGACAAAACAAAUUUGACAAAUAUAAUUGUCUGUAUAUGCACACGAAUGCAAGUGCAAGUUCCCGUAGUAAUAAUUUAUGCAAAAAAUAUACUUAUUUAUAUAGUAAUUGCACAAAUUGGAAAAAAGGUAGAUCAAGCAUUACGAUGUUUAAUUUGUUCGUUUAUUUUUAUACUAGUCUAUAUAAAAAUAGUUUCCUGUCUUUUUUUUUUUUAA